CUAUUCGAAUCGGUGUUCACUACUUUGGUCAUCGUUCUUAGUCAGCUUCUACUCCUUGUGCUCGUACCAUGAACAUAUUGAUCUAACGGAGUCAGAUCUAAAUUUAAACUAUUCGUACAGUACUUUCGAGUCGUGUUCAAACACUAACGUUGUCUUCAGGAUUGUUAAAAUCUUGUUUGCGCAGUAUUUGAAUGCGCUCGUCUUGAUCCAUAUCUCGAUGAUGGACUACUCAUCGUUUGUGAUUGACGAUUUUGAUAUCAAUGAUUACGCCAACGCCAUUCUUGCUGGCGAGCCGUAUCCACAGCACCAAACGCAAUUCGCAAAGCCCCGAACGGGGGCGGCCUCCAAGGACGAUAUAUCGGUCACAAUAUCCAAGCUGGACUCGAGCAUCGAGAAUGUUGGAAAGCAAAUAAAAAGCCUGGUUACUACUCACCAUGAAGAGUUGCUUCACCGAGCGGUGGAGAUCAAUAACCUCUCAGGAUCGCUGACUUCGGUUCGACGUGGCUUGGACGACGUCGAUGCUUCCUUGGAGAAACUUCGCGAGAAAAUUCGUGUUCCAUACCGAACCUUGGAAACGAGCGCCAUUAGGCUUCAACGCACCCGUCAAGCCUCAGAUGCGUUGCGACGUAUUUCACGUUUCAUCGUGCUUUCACGACGUCUGGAUACUCAAAUGACCGAGUUCGCUGCAUUCGACAAGCCGAGCACCGCUGAAAGGAAACUCGACAAUUCAAGCCGCCUAUUCGCAGAUCAGCAAGACGACAAGGAGCGCAUUAUUGCCAAAGCGGCGUUGACAAUAGCAGAGCUAGGCGCCUUGUUGGAUGGACCUGAAGAUACUGGGGAUACCCUCAAGAAUUGCUUGCCAGAAACUGGCCAUAGGACUACCCCAACAAUGGAUGCACUGGUCCCCCUUCGAUCUGUGAAGGCGACAGUAGCUCACGUACCAUUUAUCGAAGAAGCGCGAUGCAAGGUCACGCGUGAGAUGGAAUCCAUGAUCAUAACCGGUCUCUCCAGUUUGGACCAAUCACUAUUGGCAUCCUCGUUACAGACAGCGCACAACUUAUGCGUACUCCCAACGCUCGUACAAGCUUUGUCAAAAGAUCUUUGUGACGCCGUCGAGGAACGGAUACGAAGUACAUUUGAUCUCUCAUGUAUUUCAAAGGAAAUUGUUUCGAAGGAAAAUAUACCUUCGUCUCAAGGCCUUUCAUAUAAGUCGCGUGUACGAACAGAACCAACAAACAUCACGGCACCACAAUGGACAGGUGCGCUUUGGGCCCGCCUCGAGUCUCUCGUCGAGGAGAUGGCGGCUUGCUGCAUCAAGGUGUAUACGCUUGAGAAGGCCCUCAAAUUGAAGAAGGAUCCGGUCACCCAAAGAUCGUUCAUUGCCGAUGUAAUGAAGGUCCUAGAGAACAAACCUACUUCUACAUUCUGGACUUCGGUAGGACGCUCUCUCGAGAAGUAUGUUCGUGAUGCUGCCAAAGGAUCAAUUUUCCUUCAACAGACUCUCAGCGCUGGUUACCCCAAACUCUUACGUAUCUUCCACAAAUUGUUUGCUAAAAUUGCAGUGCAUACUGACACAGUCUAUACCCAAUCUCAGCAAUCACCAGAAACUAUUCUCGUCCUCCGCGCUCUCUCUACAUUCGAGGAUCUCUACCUCUCUCGUUCAGCAACCCGUUUGAAUGAAUCCGUAUCCCAGGCUUUUGCUGGUGGUUCUCGCGCACCUCCAGGCUCUAACGAAGGAGUCACAAUUGCGCGGGUGGUGAUGAAUGAGCUUGAUUCUGCUAGGUUCGAUCCUUUGUUAAUACUUGCGGUGGCGAGAAACGUCAGCGCAGCUCUCGAUGGUGUGGUGAUGAGGGCCGAGGGCCUGAUCUCUUCAGAUCGCUUAGCGGUCACACUUCUUGGGCCGAUGGCGACUCCACAACAAGUCUUGAAUGGUCAGGUUGCGACGUGCCUUUAUUAUUGCUGGACGAAUUUGGAGAAGGUAGCUGAAGAACAUACCGAGAGCGCUGCCACGCUUGUAAAAGCUGGUGUAAAGAAACUGCACCUCACGUACGACAGUAUUAUUGACCCGCUCCUGACAGCGAUCCGAAGGGAGCUCGCUUCCAUCAUCUCGAGGCUUCAUAGGGUUGACCUGCAGAAGGCCACGAACCCGAUGGCAGGCAUGGCAGGGCCAAGCAUGUACAUGAAAGACCUCGCUGAUAAACUCAACUACGUCAAGACUCAGAUCUUUACUAAUUUUACAAGUGAUAUGACCCAGCCCUGGGUGCUCUCUAUCGUAAGAUAUGUCAUCCGAAACUUUGUGCUCCACGCCAGUAUCGCGAAACCGUUGGGGGAAAGCGGGAAGCUGCAGCUCACAACAGAUAUGACGGAGCUCGAAUUUGCGUUGGGCGCGUUCCUUGGGCCCUCAAGCAAGCGUGGUCUUGAAGCGGUGGGGGAGGAGUACAAAAUGCUUAGAGCCAUGCGACCCCUCCUUUUCAUUGACACAACUUCACUUGCAGGUCCAGCACACACUGUGAACCUGCCUCCACUCGCAGUGCUGCACCAUAUUCUGGUACGGUCCCCACUGCCGAUGCCGCAUAUAACCCAUGGAUGGCAGGAAGCGGAGUAUGUGCGAUGGACGGAAGAACAUAGACAAGAGGAUGCAUGGGGACUGGUUGAGGCUGCGCUGGUUGGGAAGGAGGGAGAGUUUGUAGAGCUUGCAAGGAAGGUACUGAGGCAAGCGAGGGGUGAGUGAGGCUCGGGACAGGGUGCUCAGCGCUCAGCGCUUGCUCCCGUUUAUUCCAGCUAUUUCUAAAUCGAUACCCACCCAUCAUCUUUGUUUAGUUUUGGAGCGAAGCAAACAACCGCCUCCCCGCCUACCUCGAUUGCGAUGUCACAUAUUUCUAAAUUCGAGCAUGUUGUGCUACAAAAUCCACUCUG